AGACUCUACUUCCGUUCUACUUCCGCUCUCUUGAGUGUGCGAUCCACUCCUUCCGGCAAGAUGGCGCUGUUUUACGCUCGGUGUCUUCAGGAGCGGCCAAAGCUUACUAUAUCGGACGUCCACAGGCUCGUCCGUAAUGGAUGCUCUGCCCCCCGGAGUAAACGGGAAAAGGGGUACAAGAUGUAUCUGUCAAGUUUCAUUGACAACUAUGAAGGUGAGUGUAAAAUUGACAGCAAAACACAUUCACAUUGUGCUAUCGCUAACUAACUAGCUAGCAGUAGCCAGACCCGUAGCUUCUAUAGCUAAAUAUAGAUCUCUCUCUCUCUCUCUCUGAUAUGAUCGCGGCUCUGGCAGUAGCUAUGUGUGUUGUUAACAUUUAGGUCAGUUGUCCUGUAGAGAUUUUAGAUUUGUAGUAUCAUCAGUUGUUUUUAACGUUUUUUAGUUGAGGUGCAUAUUAUGACCUAAACAAAAACGCAGCACCCUGUAAUGCACUAACGUUUCAGAACUAGAGGAAACGAUUCAAUCAGACGCAGAGAGAACAUAACCUAUCGCUAUCGGACACUAAAUUUAGACAGCUGUCAAGUUAGGAUUAAUAUGAGAUUUUCAGAGCCCCGAUCAAGAUUUUUAGUGCCCGCGAUCAAAAUUAAUUCAAAACCAUCCUUGUCCGUGUUUGAUCGACUUACGAGUGGAAAAGAAGUGUGUUUUGUCUAACAUUACAUGAAUAAUGUUGAAUUCCCAGUAUCAAACAAAGACCCUGCAGGGAGGGUGACCGUCAGGGCUGUAUGUUAUAGGUCCAUGAGGAAACACGAGAAGCCUCACGACCUCAGAAUUACUUUUGAGGGCAGCUCACCCAUUAAAAUUGCUGUGGCGGAGUGUUCCUGUGUGGCUGGAAACGCUCUCUGCAACCACAAUGUUGCACUACUAUACCAGACCACAGCGUACUCUACACUUCAGCUGAAAGCAGUACCACCUGUCCUGAGCUGCACAGAAACUGAGCAGCGAUGGCAUAAACCACGAACACUGGGUGUGAAACCAGGCAGAGUGGGUAACAUGGUCUUCAUCUCAACAAAACCCAAGGCAAGACCGUACACAGCUGCUGAUGGUGUAAGGAGCAAGCGCUACAAAGCAGUGCGGGGGGACUUGCCAGAUCCAGAUGUCCUGAAGGUCGAUGAGGCAUACCAGGACUUCACGGCAGACCUUGCUCCGCUAAUUACCACACUAUCCAUAAGUAGUGAUGUCCCCCUCGUCGACUCAGCCUUUGGGACCGUUCAAGAAGGCAGCCCUAUUUCAUACCAGCACCCAGUGCCAGUGAGUAGGGUAAUCAUCCAACACCCAGACGCACCCCCUCCACCACCCCUGCCGUUAGAUGGUCACAGGCUGGACCCAACCACAUGUUCCUUUGUGUGCACUCACCAACAACACCUAAAUGUAAUGUCGCUUAACAUCACUUUCGACAUGGCAAGAUCCAUCGAGAUGGCCACGAGAGAACAGAGUGGCAGCGCAGAGUGGGGGGAUUAUUUCUUUUUCUAUCUUUACUUGAUCUGAUCUUUUAAAAAUCAAUGAUUCUUUCAAUCAGUUGAUAAAUGUUCUUAUUCUGGUUUUAUUGUUCAUCUUUACAAAUCUAUACAAAGUCUGAACUAAUAGUAGGUUUCAUUGUUCAUCUUUACAAAUCUAUACAAAGCCUGAAGUGAUAAUUGUCACUAAUGAAGGCCUGCAAUUGACCUGAGACCAUACCUUUUGUACUGACUGAAAUGAGAGCCCAAGUGUAAAAAUCUAUGUGGAUUGUUGAUACUGGAUUAUUGAAUAAGUGUUGUUCAAUAUUUACUUAUUAAAUUCUACAUGUUGUAAUGUCA